GCAAGCAGCAGCUGGAGAAAACCAACGCAGAGCUCGAACAGAGGGUCGCCGACCUCGGCCGUGACAAGGCAAAGCUGAGCUCCGAAAUCGAGGACGUCCUGAACAAAUCCUCUGAACUCCGGGUCGGCGCUGAGCAGCGCCAUGAGCAGAUGGCGGAAGCUCACCGAGGCGUUGUCACAGGGUUGCAGAACGACCUGGAGCUCGAGCGGCAGCAGCGAUUAAAGGUCGAAGAAGAAAGGGCAGCCUUGGAGGAG